AUGGCCUGCUCCUCCGCCAAGCGGCAGCGGGAGCAGGAGGAUCUGUCCGUUCAUAAAGGUGAUAGCGCCAGAGACAACAAGAAACACCGGCCACUUCCCGUACGAAGCCCCCGCAAGCAGGGCAGGGACUGGCCAACAGGCGACAAGGACCCGCAUACGGCCGUGAAGGGAUAUGCAUACCCAUCCUUGGAGCCUGCUGGGCUUGAAGGCGAACCCGACGACAUUGAGCUGUUUGAUAAUCCGACUACAGCGAACCAACGAGUCUUGCACUGUCUGCGUGCAUACGGCCCUGAUGCAUUAAUGGAUGUGGAUGUGCCCGACAGCUUAUCACCAGAGGAGCCAAACCCAAAUACAGAAACACCGUUCACUAUUGAUUCAAGCAUCCCGACAUCGAAGGGACCGACUCCAGAACCACCAGCUGAAGUUAUCGACACGAUUCAUUGUCUAAGAUCGAAGGCACCAAAUCAUGGAACGUCUGUCUCGACAGAAACGCCAAGUUCAGUCAGAUCAAUCAAGCCGGCCAAAAAGCUGGUAUUUUCAAUGGGUUAUCGUGCCGACUGCGAUAGAUGUCGAAAUAGAGUGCCUGGCCAUUAUAGCCACAUCCUGCAAGAUAUCGUGAAGUCCUGAUUCACUUUCCAUGUCACAUUCCUGCUGGUUUCAAGGUUUCAACGGAGGUCUUCUGUCAUAUCGUUUGGCGCAAUUUCUAUGGAUGCAUGGCACAGGUGCAUGGGCGUUAUGAGUUCGGUCCUGUUUGGUCUGUUAAUUUAUGGAUGGGAACCAGGAGCUUUGGCACAUUCUGUCACUUAUUAAUAUUACUGAUGAAUAUAAGCAGAGAAAUAGUGCAUGA